UGGGACUCGAACCCAGAACCUUAGCUUAUGGAUUGAACCAUAGGAGAGCUACGCGCUACCAUUGCGCCAGCACACCAGCUAUGGGCAGAGAUGUGACUAAUACUCAUUAUAUACCCCGGUCAUUUUGGCACUCGUCUUGACGCGUUCUGUCUCGUCGCGUUUCAUCUCACAUCAACCUCACUCACUCACUGUUCCUUCGACCUUCACUAUCCCGAAAUGGCUGACAAUUCACACGAAGACGACCUCGAGCGUCUCAAGUCGGCGCUCUGGUAUGCCGUGGGCCAAAUCGUGGAUGAGUUCUGUAUGAGCCGCAACCGCAACGCGACGCCGCAAUUCAUCGGUGCCCUGACGGAGCUCGUGUGGACUCAAAUCGAAAACGUCGCCAUCGACCUCGAAUCAUUCAGCAACCACGCUGGUCGUACAACCGUCACCACAGACGACGUGCUUCUCCUCGCGAGGAAGAACCCCGAUCUGCAGACCAUCAUGGGCGAAUUCGUCGAGGCAAGGAAGGCAAUGAGCGCUAGCACAAAGGGAACGCAACGGGCAAAGAAAUGAUAUAACCUGGACCUCCUCAGAGGACCUAACGACUGAAUGAGAA